AUGAUAUUGAUAGACGAUGUCAAAUACUCGUGUAUCGAGUGUAUACGAGGACACAGAUCAAGUCUGUGUCGACAUCAUACUAGGCCAUUGCUUCAAGUCAGAUCUAAGGGUAGACCAAAUGUUCAUGCUAAUGGUAACCCGAAUCAUAGAAUUGCAGUUUUUGCAGAAGAAAUAGACAAAGAUGAUAAAAGUGGUACAGGACAUGGCAAGGGAAAUUGUGAGAAUAAGAAAAUACCGGUAGUAAUAUUGAAGGCUUCUCCGAAACAAGUAAUUGACUUAAAUAAUGGUCGGAUUAUUGGCCCAUAUCAGGAAGAUAUCACGGUAGAUGAAAGUAGUAAGCCACCGUUACCGAUCAUUAAUAGCAAUAGUUUUAUUAACACAACUUCGUGCUGUUUGAAUGGAAUAAGCAAACCGAAAAAGUCAUGCGGAUGCUGUUCAAAUAAGACGAAUAAGAAUAUCAAUAAACUGAAGAUUUUGAAGACUUAUCUUAAAAAGCAUAUGAAGCCGGAGAAUGAACGUAAAUUUAUCGACUAUUCUAAACUGAUACAAAUAAAAAAUGAGAAUGAUGACGAAGACGAGAUUAGUGAUAAUAGGCAUUCGGUAAUUAUAGAUAAUGAUGAUGAUAGAGAUAAUGACAAAGUUAACAGCGGUAACGAUAACUUACUAUAUGACGUGGUUAAAAUUCCCUCUUGCUCAAUACCAGGGUCUUGUGGAUGUGAUAGUAAUUGUGCCUGUGAAGGGUGCUUUGUCCAUGGUAACGUUAGUAUGAAUAGCUUGAACAACAACCAGUUUAGUAAUUUAAUCAAUUAUGCAAACAACAACGAAAUAAAAAUGCCACAUGAAAUAAUGAGUAAUUACGCAAAUAAGUUAAGUGAUAUGACUAAUAGCCAGGUAGAGAAUAAUAUAUCUAAGGGGGUUACUAAUUCAGACCCAGAUAUCAAUAAUGUCUUUGCGAAUGACAUUUUGGACACCCAAAGUGGUACACAGAAUGUUCAUUCCCAUCCGCAGUUGGGCAAUAUCCAAAAUGGUGAUCUGCUUAUUUCCAACGCAAGUGCCACAUCGAAUAAUCAAACAUCGAAUAAUUAUAUGAACUUAUUAAAUGAUCACAUGUAUACUUCACGUACAGACUUAGGCCAGCAACAACUUGCAAAUCAAAGACCUAUACAAAGACCUUUACAGGGAUACACACAAGAAGGUCCUCAAAUAGAGAAAGAUAUAGAAUCCAACGUUUGCUCCUGCUCGAAUGAUUGUGAUUGUUUCAAUUGCGAGACACAUGGGAUUAUCAAUGGGAUGAAGCUAGAUGAUUUAUUUAAUCAUAUGAUGCCGGGAGAUUAUAAAGAGUUAAUUAAUUCCAUAGGAGACGGUAAUAACACUAGUAAUAAUCUGACAGUUACUCCAAUAAUUAAUUCUUCCAGUGAGGAUGUAUCUAGCAAUUCGUCGCAAAGUUUGGCUAUUAAUUCAAGCAACGGAAAAACUUCUAGUUGUUGUAGAAAGUAA